CACACACAGAGCUGUUGCGCAGGCGCUAAUCAUCCACGGCGAAAGCAAACCAACAUGGCGGCUGUUGUUGAAAAUGUUGUCAAACUGCUGGGGGAGCAGUACUACAGAGAUGCCAUGGAGCAGUGCCAUAACUAUAAUGCCCGGCUAUGUGCUGAAAGGAGCGUUCGGAUGCCCUUCCUGGACUCUCAGACUGGAGUGGCACAGAGCAACUGUUACAUUUGGAUGGAGAAGAGACACAGAGGACCAGGCAUGGCUCCGGGCCAGCUGUACACCUACCCAUCCCGCAGGUGGAGGAAGAAACGCAGAGCCCACCCUCCAGAGGACCCCCGUCUCAUCUUCCCUCCUUUAAAGUCCGAGCUGGACCUGGGGUUGAAGAAAGACUCCCUGUCCUCCGACGGUAGCAGUCUGGAGGCCCUGCUGAAGGGGGAACCCCUGGACAAACGGGCUCCUGAGCUUCGUGGGCCUGAGGAGGAACCCAGCCUGGCUGACUACACUAGUGUGGUCCCCCCGGUGACGCGUGUCAGGAAGAGAGUCCUCGAGCCAGAUGACUUCCUGGAUGACUUGGAGGACGAAGACUAUGAGGAAGACACCCCGAAAAGAAGAGGCAAAGGCAAGGGAAAGGGUCGCGGAGUGAGCAGCGCCAAAAAGAAGCUCGACGCUGCAGCAGCUGCGCUGGAGGACAAGGACAGGCCUUACGCCUGUGACAACACUUUCAAACAAAAGCAUAUUUCAAAACCUUCUGAACGAGUCUGUGGGAAGCGUUACAAGAACCGUCCGGGCCUGAGUUACCACUACACCCACUCCCACCUGGCUGAGGAGGAGGGUGAGGACAAGGAAGAGCUGGAGAUCCCCCCGCCGACCCCACCCCAGCCCGAGGAGACCAAGACGCCCAAGAAAGGUCCGGAUGGUUUGGCCAUACCCAAUAACUACUGCGACUUCUGUCUGGGAGACUCCGCCCUAAACCAGAAGACGGGCCUGUCAGAGGAGCUGCAGUCCUGUUCGGACUGCGGACGUUCAGGCCACCCGUCCUGCCUGCAGUUCACCCCAGUGAUGAUGGCCGCCGUGAAGACCUACCGCUGGCAGUGCAUCGAGUGCAAGUGCUGCAACCACUGUGGCACCUCGGAAAACGACGUGAGUUUGCCCCCCCACAGCGCGACGCACAGUUCCAAUAUGACAUGGACACAGUGUAACCCGCCCGUGUCUCCCGUCCAGGACCAGCUGCUGUUCUGUGACGACUGUGAUCGAGGCUACCACAUGUACUGCCUCAACCCACCCAUGGCUGAACCCCCAGAAGGGAGCUGGAGUUGCCAUCUGUGUCUGGAACUGUUGAAAGACAAAGCGUCCAUAUACCAGAGCCCUAACGCCCCUCCAUCAUGAUGGAGCCCCAGCCCCGACCGCAACAGCCCCUCCACCCAAAGGCUCUCCCUGAUUGGUCAGCAGGGAGGACGAGGUGGACAGAUGACUUGGGAAAAGGGAAGCGUACGUUAGCAGGCCCCCGCUGAACCCAGCCUCUGGUUCUUAUAUGACUGUUACACAGUUACAAGUGUCCCCCAUAGGCUUUUGUUUUCAACUAUUUGUCUAUAUAUACAUCUAUAUCAAAAUCAAUGUGUCAAACAGCUUCUACCAGCCAAAACACCUAAACACAAAUACACAAACUCUCAUACACAUAUGCACACGACUUGGCCUACUUUUAUUCAGCAAAAUAAACAUUUUGCCCUAGAGAGAAAUAGUUGAAAUCAAUUAGCAUGCCAAUGCUUGUUCAUUAAAAUGAAAAAAUGUUUAAGGUUUUGUAUAUUUAUAUAUUUGUAUAGCAUAUAAUGGUGUGAAUUAUUUAAAAGCAGCAGUGAUAAAAGAGGUUGGUCCUGUAAUGAUCUGCGAGUGCCCAUCUUCAAUCUGAAUGAAUAAUCCUCAGCUCUUGAUGCGAAGGCAACACAGUUGGGAAAAGCUUGGGGCCGAACAAUGAAGUUACCUAGUCCAUUGGUAGGCAACACCGCUCCACCGAUGCUGCUGUAUGGAGAAGCAGCAGUAGUUCUGACCCGGACCCCUUUUUAGCCCUUGUUCUUGUGUUAAAAACAGACAGCUACCAGGUGCUCUGUGUUUCCCCUCUUCAUACGGGUUCUGAAGUCUCGUCCCACCUGACCCUAACCUUCUCCACUGGGGCCUGAAAUAGCUCCCGACUGGCAUGAUCUAUAGCCACGCUCCCAUUUGUCCAUAACCACAGGGGGGCAGUAAUGAGCAACGCAAGUGGUACUGGGACUGUGGGGAAAUGGGAGAAUGUGAUAGGGAGGAUGAAGAACCUUCCGAGGGUCUAGUCACAGUAGUGUUAGCACAAGCUGUCAUGUGACCCGGCACUGGCUUCACUGCAGUGUGUUCCUUAGAGGAAAGAUUCACUGACAUUGUCAUAUAUUCGUCGAAUUCUAUAUUACUCAACAUAGACACUAAGGGAUUCUGAGGUGAAGGCACUUUUCUGAAUAAUUUGCAUGUCUGAAUUCUUCUCUUUGUCUCAUAGAAAGGGAAAAACUGUUUUCCACCUAUUAUCUUUAUGCGCUUUUCCCCUAGCUGGCUACAGUGUUCCCCACGUCUAGCUAGGGUUACAAUUUCUUUACUCGGCUAGUGAAAUUUAUUUUAAAAACACAAAAUACAUUAACAGGCAUGGUCCAGAGGCUUUGGACUUUGCAUUCUCGUUCUCUGCAGACAGUCAUCAGCUGAUUGUGUGCCCUCACACUCACGGUGUGCUACUAGUAUACUCCAGUGAAGGCUGGUCCAAGAUGAGGGCAGUCGUUUCAUAGAACGUAGCUAUAUUGUAAUGUUAUAUCAAUAGCCAACUAACAAAUAUUACAGCAUUAAACAAGUAUUUCUCCUUUCCAUUUCUAGAAGUUUAUUUAGAGGCAGUUGCCAUUUGGAAUAUUACAGUUUUGGUUAAGUUUCUUUAAUAUUAAUCAAUGAUAUUUACUCAGUUGAUGUAAAAAAAAAAAAAAAGUUUUGGGACUUUGUGAUUGUGAUUGAAUGUUUCCUUUAUGGUACAAGGUUUUGUCUUUUUUCCAGGAAAAUAAAAUAUUUGGCACUGAC